CAGCAGCUCCAAGGGUUGAAGGGUUGUCACCGCCUCUGUAGCCAUGGCCAACAUCAACAGUGAACUGAGAAACGGCGACUGCGAGGCGGCACGACAGACCAGUGACAUCACCAUCAGUGCAAACAUAAACUGCAACCAUGGCCUGCAGAGGAAGCACCUGCUGUGGCAGACAGCGGUCAGGAACAUCAUCGACCAACAUAACCUGUACUCCCUGAGGCUUGCCGGAGGACUGGAGAGGGGUCGACACCACAUCAUAGUCACAGACGCCUACAUCGCAGACAUCAACAGACAGAUUCAGAACAAGUCUUCUCGUGGAACGUUUUGGCAGAAGCGUCGCUCUUCUGUGGCGCGCAUCCAACCAAUAACACAGAGGAUCUCUGUAGAAAAUCAAGCCAAGCAACGGCUGCUUACUGACCCUGACUUUUUUGUGUCGUAUGGAUCAACAGUCCGAGGCGUCUUCAUUCCCACUCUGAAGCUAACAUUCAAGUCUGAGGAGUUCGAGCAGCUCUACCAGCAGUUUUCCUCAGCUCAGAGAAGAACCUCGCUGGUUGUCACCAACCUCAUCGACAUCCUAACCCGACUCUUCGUCUCUCUACUAACAAGGCCGACUGGCUGGGGGAGCAUGGCCUGUGACUGGCUGACGGUCUUGACGGUUAUCCUGUGGAUGGGAAUUUUCCUGAUGUCGUUGGCUAAGAAAGAGGUGAUGAUGUCACCAUGGGGGCUCAGGUUCCUGUCGGUGGUUAGCUGGGCAUCUCAGACCAUCCAGGUGUUGGUUGGUGUUUUCACCUGGACUGAAACAAAUCACACCUGGUAUGUCUUUUUCACACUUUUCUCCACCUAUACCCUGCUGCCCCUCCCCUUACUUUGGUCCAUUGUUGCUGGGGCAACUACUUCAACCCUGCAUCUCAUAGUGGACGUCAGCAGAAACUACAGCGACGAGAUUUUCAUGAGAAAGGUGAUGUCGAAGGCCUUGCUGUACUUGUCUGUGAACAUGGCAGGUGUGUUCAUCAACUAUCUAUCUGAUCGGACUCAGCGGCAGAGCUUCCUGGAAACCCGGCGCUGCAUCGAAGGACGUGUACGACUGGAGAGGGAAAACUACAGACAGGAGCGGCUGGUGAUGUCCAUCCUUCCCCGCUUCCUGGUUCUGGAGAUGAUCUCUGACAUGACAACCGCAGAUGACUAUCUGUUGCCUCAUCAGUUUCAUAAGAUUUACAUCCAUCACUAUAAAAAUGUCAGCAUCCUAUUCGCAGACAUCAUUGGUUUCACAUCUCUAUCUUUGAUCCUCUCGGCGCAGGAACUCGUUAAAACUCUAAAUGAGCUUUUUGGGCGCUUCGACAAGCUGGCUGAGAAGCACCAGUGUUUACGGAUUAAGAUUCUGGGGGACUGUUAUUACUGCGUCUCUGGAGUUCCAGAGCCACAGAGGGGACACGCCCGCUGCUGUGUAGAGAUGGGUCUCAGCAUGAUCAGCACCAUUCGAUAUGUUCGCCGGGAGCUGCAGCAGGAGGUAGACAUGCGGAUAGGAGUCCACUCGGGUUCUGUACUCUGCGGCGUGUUGGGCCUUCAGAAGUGGCAGUUUGACAUCUGGAGCUGGGAUGUUGACGUUGCCAACUGUCUAGAGGCUGCAGGAGUGCCAGGGCAGGUUCAUAUCUCACAGGCCACUCUGGACUGUCUGGAUGGGAUCUAUGAGACAAAGCGAGGACAUGGCCAGGACCGAAGCGAGUUCUUACGAAAACACAACAUAGACACGUAUCUGAUCCGCCCAGCGUCACGGGAGGAAGCCCAACCACCGAAGGCGAGGCGUCCAAGCUACGAUGAAAUGACCACGUGGAGCGCAGAGCUACCAUUUGGAGAUAUCCUGGGCAUGAAUUUUAUAUUGGCCACUUUUACCAAUGGCUCUCUUAAUCAGCUGCCCAAUCACAUUGCAGCUCAGCGCUCGGGAUCUCGGGAAGUCAACAAAAGAAUUCGUCAGGCAAUGGAAGUUCGAAGCAGCGAGCUAAUGAGGAAGGAGCACAUCACCACCUUCACCCAAGUGUUCAAGGACUCUCAAAUGGAAGGAAAGUACUCUCAGAUCAGAGAUGAACUCUUCAAGACCAACAUGGUUUGUUCCUUCAUCCUGCUCAUCCUACUGAUGGCUGUCCAGGUUCUGAUCCCUGCCCCCAGGUUGUGUCCAAUGGUGGUUCAGUUAAUCCUGGGUGGCUGUGCUUACUCCCUGCUCCUUCUGCUGACUCUGGGAGAGGAGUUUAAACGUUGCCCUGCCAGGGUGCAGUCGCUCUGCUGCUGGGUUCAUGAAACCAAAGAUGCCCGAACGCUGCUCACGCUCACCGCCAUAACAGUAAACUCUGUGGUCGUCACUAUGGACAUUCUGUGGUGUGAUUCAUCAAACUCUGGUGGUGGCGAGUCCCUGCUGGCUCCACCCACCUCCACCUGGCCUGACAUUGACAUCUGCACCCACCCAGAGUACAUGGUGGUGAGCUGCGUGGUUGCCAUGGUUACCUGCGCGGUCUUCCUUCGGCUGAGCUGCGUGUUGCAGCUGGCGUUCCUGCUGCUGGCUGCCAUCUCGUACACCUACAUCAUCGAGAUGCACAGCUCUCAUCACCUGUGCAGGAGGGGCGCCUGUCUGUUUCUCAUGGUGAUGUUUGUCGUGGCCGUCCUCUACAACAGCAGACAGCUGGAGGCGACGGCACGGCUGGACUUCCUGUGGCGCCUGCAGGCGAGGAAGGAAGUAGAGGACAUGAAGGAGCAGAGGGAGCACAACGAGUGUCUGCUGCUCAACAUACUGCCGACUCAUGUGGCGCAGCACUUCUUGGAGAGAGACCUAAACAACGAGGAGUUGUACUCUCAGUCAUACGAGCGUGUUGGCGUUCUGUUCGCAUCUCUGCCGGGAUUUUCGGACUUCUAUGAGCAAAAAGAACUCGCCCACCAGCACGUCGAGUGUCUCCGCCUCCUCAACCAGAUCAUCAGCGACUUUGACGAGCUUCUGGAGGAAUGUUACUUCCAGGAAGUGGAGAAAAUAAAAACCAUUGGCAGCUCCUACAUGGCAGCUUCAGGCCUCUCACCUGACCGACAGGAGUGUGAGGACAGCUGGAAUCACCUAAGUGAGCUGGUGCUGUUCGCUCUAGCUAUGCAGGAAAGCUUGAAGCACAUCAACAUUCAGACUGGAAAUCAGUUCCAACUCAGAAUCGGUGUUGCCCACGGCCCAGUGAUCGCAGGUGUGAUUGGCGCCACUAAACCUCAGUACGAUAUCUGGGGCGUGUCUGUGAACAUGGCGUCCCGGAUGGAGAGCACUGGGAUCGACGGAAGGAUCCAGGUCCCAGAAUCCACCAGUUGUAUUCUAGUGGAGCGAGGCUUCCUACGGCAGCUCAGAGGGGACGUUUAUCUCAAAGGGAUCAGUGAACGCCACGGCAAAGUCCGUACUUACUUGAUAAGCAGUCGAGAUGAGCGGUCCAGCUUCGUGGAGCGCGGCGGUGGGCGGGGCUUCAGUCUGAACAGGAACACUCUGGGGGCAGUGGUCUACAGUUUGGUCCAGGCCAAGAAGAGGGAGAAGCAGAGGGAGGAGAACGGAGGUUUCCACCUGGUGGAGGCCACCUAGAAGGAGGAGAAGAGCCGGGUUAGGAGCCAAAGAUCUGAAACACUAUAUCACAGACUGCAGCACAGUUAGAAGGAAGAGGAAACAGACAUUUCAAAAUAAAGUCAAUAAGGUCAUUUUCAUCUUUAAAUG